AUGGGGAGCCCACACAUGCUGUAUGUCAUCGCCAAAGUCAACGGGCGUUACCGCUCGCUGGCUGUGCUCUAUCGUCACUACGAUAACAAGGGCGAAUGGGCCGUUGAGACCUGCCACAGACUCAUUGGGAUUUUUGAGGAGCCAGCCAAUCGAAGCCUCCUACUUCACGAGAUCCAGCUCGCCAGCAAGCUGCCCCCGGAGAAAUGGUCGGCGAACCCAGAGUAUCGCAAUGAGAGGCCGGCCUUCCCUUUCAUCGCCACCUGCCUCAUGCUAGGGGCUUCUGUAGAACCUGAGACAGGGAAGGGGUACAACGCCACCCAUGAGCCCUUCAAUAUGCCUCUCGCCGCCUUCGACGAGGGUUGUACUAUCCUGGACGUCACAGACCCGGCCGCGGUGAGAUACGCGUUUGCUUUCAUCCUACCUCAGAGAACCGAGCCUGAAGGAAUAAUCAAGACGUCGUUUGGGAACACGCCUCUGACUGCCUGGGAGUACAUGGAGUUUUAUGGCGAGCCAUUCUUGGAGCGGGUCUACCGGGGAGGCGAGGACGAUGCGGCGAUAGCCAAGACGCAUGCUUAUUUAACGGACUCUUUCAGAGCCCAGGCAGCUGUCGACACUGCCGUUAUCGCCUCGUCACUUAUUGAUGAGGACACCCUUGAGAGCGCAUGGCCAUAUCUUAGUGAUCAUCAGUCGUGGAGGAGGCGGGCCGACUUGGGUCUUCCGGAAAUCGUCCCUCGGCCGUCUCCCGUGAGGGAUCCUGCUCCAUCGAGCCUGCCCGCGGCUCACCACAGCGAGAGCUUGUACAAGAUCUUCGAGCAGUCUUACAGACUGUUCGAGCCUGGGUAUAAUGAGGGCCUCGAUACAGAGAUCUUCGCGCCUCUGUUACCUAUCAAACAGGUCGUGAACAUCCUCCACUUCGGAUCACUAGAAGAGUCGUCCUGGCAGGCCAGGGCCGCCGAGUACGAGCCUAAAGACGGCAGAUGCUUCCGAGAAAAUGGAGUCCAGUACUUCACAUUCCAGGUGGACGACGCCCCCGUCACCCCGGGGCUCACGCUGGAUGUGCUGCAUGGCUGGAUGGUGGCAGCCAGCACCCAAGAGGAGUAUGGAGGCAGGAGGCAUUAUGACUACUAUCUUGACUGCACAAAUUCACAAAGCGAUCAGAACAUACUAAAGUUCUUCGGCCUAGCUGGUCCGAAUCAUCGAAUCGUAAAGCCACUCCCGGGUCGAGCACUAUUCUACGCAAAGAAGUCCUAUCACUGCAAUGGCGAUUGGACUACGGUAGGUCUUGAGGCAAUCAAACAGGGCGAGUGGACCGCCUUCCUCGUGCAGCAGUGGAAGCAGGUGCGGCAGGCGCCGGACCCAGGGAUGAGUUGCCUGGCCUUCAAACGGGACGUGUUUCCCGUCGGCUUCCACUGUGCUUUUGUUAGCCGUGGCGCGGACGGCCAGAUAAUGGUGGCUGACCCCGAGACCUUCCGCUCUGUGAGCUGCUCGAAACCGGCGUACGAGGCUCUUCGCGCGCUGGAUCCUAGCGAAGAGACAUACGGGCGUGGGCUCGUGGACAUACUUAAAAAGGGUGAUGGUGCAAUCAAUGGCAUUCCAGCAUCUCUGAUGAGGAGAGACGAGGUUCUGGAGCUGCUGAGUGCGAUGGAUGUCAUUAAGACUAGGGAAGAGGAGCGGCUUACGAAUUCUUGGAGCAAUGUGCAUCGGGGCCUCAAAGAGAGGAGGGCCAGAGAAAGGGAGGCAAAGACGACGUAG